AUGAGUACGAGUGAAUGCAUUCUUGCCCCUCCUUUGCCCAACCAUAGAUUCCUCGUGAGACCUUUUUCUUCCCUGCCCCUUCACUUUCUCUCACUCUCUCUUCACCUGAAAGUGGUACCAAGGUUACAACCGCGAGGACUUGAAUUGGCAUUGGGUGUGAAUCACGCGUCAGUCUCUUCCGUCACUGAUUCGUUCGCCUCGUUCCCUCUUUGCAUCCUCCUUCCUCUCACACUCUCUCUACCUUGCAUACCGACUUGUGCGUGUGAGAACACUGACAGCACUUCGAACACCAUAAGAAUCCUACUAUCGUCAACCACUCAAUCACGAAUCGACAUGGCAAAGAAAUCCGGCAACAAGCCAAUCCGGCGCCAUGGACUUCCAAAAGCCCCGAUCAUCUACAUCAACGACCCAGUUGAAGGCAUGCCUCAUGCUCGCUACAUCCGCGACCUGAUCCCAGACAGCAUCCUUGCUUUCGGACCUCCUAGCGACAGAGACACUCUGACGAAAAGCCUCCCCGUCUCACUUGAGAAGCUCCAGAAGAAGCUCAAAAUCAAUGACCGUGUUCUCAUUGUCGCAGACAACCGUCUUGACGAUGAGACUGAUGUCAAGAUCGAGACGGCCAAGGAAUUCCACAAGCACGCCAUCAAGUAUGGUUGUAACUUUGCCAGUAUCGACUUGUACUUUGGUGGUCUUGCGUCCGAAGUCAAGUUGACGUCCUGGAACAGCAAUCACCUCAACGUCUGCAUCAGCAAUAUCCCUGUCAAGGACAUUUCGGAGAAAGUGUUUCGCUGGCUUUUCAAGGCGUUUACCGCCCACGAGACCUUGCACCUCAUCCCAGACUCCGAGAUGACCAAGAUCGACAAGAAGUCCUUCCCUGAUUACGAGUACUGCCCUAUUAGUGAUAGCCAUCAUCAUGGAAAGGAUGCGAAGAUUCAAUUCGUCGCAGUGGUCACAUCUCGCCCCGAAGUGGUUGGUGACAGACUUCAAUGGAGUGUCGCUGACAAGACUGGUACUGCCAAUUUCUACUUCCAACACCGCGGUCCCAACAGCCAAUACACCUGGAACUGGGUCCAGAAGCUCCAAGUCGGUGAUCGCAAAGUCCUCCCUCGUAUGCCCAUGGUCAAGGUCAAAGAACGCAAGAGGGUCCGUGUGGCCAAGGCACCCUUCCGAGCCGUCGGCUACGCCUUUCAAGGAGUCGGUGUCGCAGUCUCUGGCGUCGCACGUGGCCUCGAGAAGAUUGGCGAAAUUGGCAAGAUGGGCAAGAGCGCCGAAUGGGUCCCCGAGGCCGAUGUCCUUGACGGCAAGAAAGUAGGCUGGGAAAAGAAGGAAAAGGAAUUGGAGAAGAGAGUCAAGAUGGAGCAGGCGGAGAAGAAGGUCGAGUACAAGGUGUUCAAUGAGAAAGGAGAGAAGACUUGGAAGGACGAUGAUAGUGUCGCGAGCACGACAAAGGCCAGCGAGACUAUUGGAGUCAGCAUCGAGAAGGAUUAUGAUGACGAGAGUGUCCCGAGCACCACGACAAAGGACCGUGAGAUUGUCGUUGAUGUCAUCAUUGAGAAGGAGUUUUGUUGA